GGGCGUGUAUAUAAGCGUAGUUUCCGCUUCUGCUAUCUGCACCAUGGCGACGGGGACGCCAAACUUAAAACUAGAGCUGUUUUACGGAUACGUUCUCAUUUUACUGUUAAACUCAAACCUGUUUUAUUGCCAGCAGUUUUCUAUUUCUUUUUCCAAACCUUCGGGUUGCGGAGAUCAAAAUUAUUUUGAUAUUUCCAGCUUGACUUGUGUGAAAUGUGGACCAAACCAAGACAGAAGUAAAUCAGGACUGAGCUGUGAGUGUCAGAAGGGUUUCAAGGUCCUGAACAACAAUGGAGGGUACAUUACCUGCCAAAAGUGCCCAGAAGAAAAACCGGGUGUUACGCAGGAUGGAUAUGAAUGUAUCAUUUGUCCAGACGGAGUGGGGGGAGACGGGAAGUGCCAGUGUGACGGUGUUCUUGUGGAAAGACAUGUAAAUGGCACCCUUCUCCAAGAAGCUAUGUGUGUGAGGUGUGAUGGAACAAAUCCAGCUUUUUCUUUCCCUGAUGCAAAAGGCGACAGAUGUGUGCGAUGUCAGGAAUCCUUCAUCAACACGACUCAGUCCUGCCAAUGUGGCUCCAACAAGCUGCUUGGAGGAAUGUGCUUCCCUCCAAACAACCUGCCCUAUCCGGUCAGCGCCACAAUCAGUUUUACUCCGCUGGCUGUUACUUCUGUCUGGUUCUCUGAUUUCCUGUAUUCUUCUGCAGCCGCAUGUCAGUUGUUCACUAAUCGGACAGCAUGCCAGGCUCUGGGGAACAUGUGCGUGUUGAACAUGCACUCCUUAAGCACUGUCAGCAACGAUGCCUGCGGUCUCUACAACACCAUCUACAGAGCAACAGCAGCACAGGGCAACAACCAGGACAACCCGUACUGGAGGAUAAACCUGCCCUGGCUGUAUUAUGGAGAACAGCCAGGAUUAGCAUCAAGAGUAUUACAGACUGAGCCACUACCUGUAGGCUUCAGCUUUAAAGGCACAAACAAGAACACUAACAUAGAGCUGCGGGUCGCGGUAUACACAGCACAGGGAAUGUUUAUAAAAUGGGAGAAUGUUGGCAGAAGAGUCCUGCAGCUUUGUCCAGACACCUUAAACAGACAGCAAGCUGCUUACACAUUUGGGACAGCUUACAAGCAAAACUGUGUUCUCUCAGUGUCGGAUCUCCUGGCUGAUUAUUCGGAGCCUCUGUUUUAUGACGUCUUCCUGGUGCAGCGGAACUCUGCAGGGGACGAGCGGCUCCUGGCUGUGCCUAUUCUCAACCUCAAUCUGCAGUUUAACGGCCAGUUUGUCAACCAAGCCUCUGACAUGAAUAGCUGGUACCUGACACGACGGCUGAUGCUGAUCGAUGCUUUGAGUGGGAGAGAAAAGAAUCUGACAGCCCCCCCUAAAGUUAUUCGUGUCGCCAGUGAAUUAAAAAUUAGCUUCCAGCUCGUGCCAAACACCCAGAAAGGACAGGUUUACCCUCCGCUGAUGACCGUGUCCUACUCUGAUAUUCUUAUCACUGACCAGAACAAACAAACCGUAGCUGUAUCAUUUUCCUUGGAGUAUGAGAUGGAUCAGAACGAAGCACGAGUUAAAACUGAUAUUGCUCUUGGUGUGUUGGGUGGAGUGGCUGUUGUUUACUCUCUGUUGAAGACCGCUAGCUGGAAAAGAAGGAUCGCUUCUCCUCUCAUUGACAUACAGACAAUUUUGAAGUUCCUGCUGUUCUACUCUGGAGAUCUGGCAAAUGUUUUCUUCAUCAUCACGGUGGGAACUGGUCUGUAUUGGCUCAUUUUUUAUAAGGCUCAGCAGUUUGUGUCUGUAUUGUUGCCAUUGCCAGCUCAAGAGGAACGUUUUGUGAUAUAUGUUGGCUGUGCUUUUGCACUUAAGGCCGUGCAGUUCCUUCAUGAGUUGUGGUUGCAGAUGUCCGUGGAUAUAUUCUUUAUAGAUUGGGAGAGACCUCGAAGUGGCAAGUCCAGUAAAUCUGUGGACGGGUGUGGUGAAGGAAAGACUGCAGCACCUACAGUCAGCAUUUGGAGGACUUACUUUUUGGCUAAUGAAUGGAACGAGAUCCAGACCAUCCGUAAGAUCAAUCCGACCUUCCAGGUUAUCUCUGUGCUCUUCUUCCUGGAGGUGGUGAGAUUUUCUAGCCUUGCAUUGAGAGAUCCUUCUUCUGAGCUUCAGCGUUCAACUGAGGAAUACAUACCUGCCUACAGCCGCAUACUGCGCUAUGGUGUGGCAGCUGCUGUGUGGCUUUGCAUUGGUUUCAUACAGAUCAUCUUCUUCUCUGUUUUCUAUGAGCGCUUUGUGGAAGACAAGAUUCGGCAGUUUGUGGACCUCUGCUCCAUCAGCAACGUAUCAGUGUUGCUGCUUUCUCUUCGCUGUUUUGGCUACUACAUUCACGGCCGAUCUGUGCACGGCCAUGCCGACACCAACAUGGAGGAGAUGAACUCCAACCUGAAGAGAGAGGCAGAGAAUCUUUGUGGCCAGAGAGGACUGUUACCUAAUUCUGACGUUCAGACUUUUCAGAUCUCGGUAACAAGCCGACUGAGGGCGCAGUAUGAUCGCAUAUUCGAGCCGCUCAGCAGAAGAAAUGGACCCUCGAGAUUGAUCGAUGCCUCUUCCAACCCGUUCGAGCAGAACACAAAAGCUUAUCACACCAUGAACCGCUUUCUCGCCUCUGUUAUUGACCAUGCUCAUCGUGAGAUGGAUUACAUCGUGAAAGAUAAACUGCUCUUUGAAAGAGUCAUCGGAAUGGAGUUUAUCGAACCAUUGGACAAAAGCAUUUUUUAUAAUGAUGACUCUUACUCCUUUGCUGAGGUGCUUUUCUAUGGGAAUGAGGCGACGCUGCUGAUUUUUGACACUCUCUUUUUCUGUGUUGUUGAUCUCGGCAGCCAGAACUACAUUCUAGCAGCUGUGCUAACAUAUGUACAGCAACUGGUCUUCAGACUGAUCCGAAAUGUCACUGGUCGCAGGAACCUGGCCAGAAAAACUCUGGUUGACAAAAGAUUCCUCAUCUAAUUUACUUAUUUCAUCUAUUUCAAUUUGAAACAAUGCCACUUUCAUUGUAGUUCUUACUUUGCCAACUUAAAGCAAGUUGUGUUUUGAUGCCUUUACAUUUUUAAUGGAUUUGUGUUGGUAGGGACUAGAUUUCUUUUUAUUUGUAUAGUUUGUUAUUUCUUGUGUAGAGUACAUAAAAUCCAUUAGUUUUCUACAUCAUUUAAGACUGUAUUGAUUGUGUGUACAGUGUAUGUCUUAGAAUGAAGAUUUUGAAGAUUCAGCAUGUUGUGUGGUCUGAGAUGCUUUUCUAUUCACCAUAGUUAUAACCAGGGGUUUAUUGAGGUACUUUAACCUUGCUGUCGGCUGGAAGCACAUCUGGCAACAAGUCAUUUUCUCAAUAGAUACUUUUGGUUUGUUACUCUGUUUUGUGUGAACAUCCCAGAUCAGCAGUUUCUGAAAUACUCAAACUGCACAUCGGUCACCAGCAACCGACUAAGAUAACAUUUUCCUCCUCACUCAUUAAACUGCCGCAGAUAAGUGGAAGUUUAUUCCCAUAGCUUUAACAUUUCUUGCACCUGUGUUCAAAAUCCAGACAGUCAAGGCCAAACCAGAGGCAUGAAAUCUGAGUGCAGAAUAAUAUGAACUAUUUGAAUGCUGACUGAACUGGACUUUCGUUUACUUCUACCUUUUUGAUUUAAUAAUUGAACAAACAGUAAAGAAACCUUUACGUUUGCUGUAUGUUUAUUGAAAAGCUGUCUUUAAUGAAAGUCUUUUCUUUGGCUUGCUAUAGAAUAAUUUGUUUAGGUGAAGUGAAUAAAUAUAGACUAGUUUAUCUAGGCUAUAUAUAAACUUAGAUAACUGGAAUAGUGGUAAUUGUGGAAAAACUGGUUUCCUGUGUUAUAAUCAAAAUUCUAGCCAUUAGUUGUCAAAUUUGAUCAAUGUACCAGUUCGACCUUGAAACUAGCUGUGCCAAAUAUCUGGGACUGGCCUUGGAAUUAGAAUUUUCUAAUAGUCUAAACAGACGCUUGUACCCCACACAGAGUUAUGUGUACAACUGAUAAGAGAAUGUGUCUCAAACAUACGCAACACUUAGUGGGCGUCAUUUAACGAGCAUAAAUAUGAACAAAUUUAUUCAUAAUUCACCUAUAGCCUCAUUUACACAAGAUAUGUUUAAAUGGAAAAAAAUCAUAUCUUAAAAAAAUUUUUUUAUUAGGGCACCAGCUUUUGUGUACAGUAUAUUUGCAAUUUUUCAAUACAAAUUAAGCUUCUUUAAACUUCAUCAGUGGCAGUGUUUUUUUGCUUAUUCCCAACCAAGGUGAAUAGAUAUCAAGGGCAAAGUAGAAAAAAAGAGAAUGAUUAAAAGAAUUAAAUUGGUGUGAAAAAAACAAUUAAAUUAACAUGGGCUUACUCGUCUGAAAAUAUAUCUUAAACUGGUUUGAUCUUCAUUGUUUUCCAAAUGUUAAGCAAUGAAUCUGAUCUGAAAGCCAGAACUAAUUCAUUCUUUCAUUGGUGAACUGUAUAUUAUACUUAUGAUCAUCUCUGAAAUCAAAAUUUAUACAUCUGUUUAGCAGGAAUUGGAAUACAACACAAGUUUUGGUUUUUGGUCCUUUUAUCAUUGUGGUAAGGUUCUGUUUAAGCAUGUUGGGGCAUGCCUCAAAGUUUCAUUUCUCUUUAGGCUCUUCAAAGUUUCAUUUCUCAUUAGGCUCUUCAAAGUUUCAUUUCUCAUUAGGCUCUUCAAAGUUUCAUAACCCAGCUUUCAAGGGCAUCUUCAUACAUUUACAGACACUGCGGUGAUUUCCAAGCUCCAACGUACAAACAGACUUGUUUCGAGAUGACUAAACAGGUUUACUCUAUCUGUCUGGCACGGUGUUAAACAUUGACUCUACAUGAUUGCCUCAAUCAUGCAUUGUAUACUUUUUAUAGUAAGUGACUGGCCAUCACUGAUUUUUGUGAGCAUCAAUAAUAUCAAAUUUAUCUGUUUUGGGAACAGGCUUGGUAAUCCCUUAGAUGUAAAGUAGAAGCCUGGGUAGAGACAUCAACCUUAUCAACAACAGAAGAGUCAAUGCAAAGCAGUCUUCAUUUCAUCUUGGUUAGAAAAUAAGGGUCUUUCAGUAGGAUGCACAAAACAAACGAGGAAGCAAUAAACCAGCAUAAGAGGAGGAGCUGUGACUAUUUUCACUAUUUUCAUCUAUUUCUUUAUCAGUGGAGCUGGUCUGAAAGUUGGAUCUAAUUCAAUCAUUUGUGUGUGUGAAACCUACUGGGAGGAAGCUGGAACAUUUGCUGUUUGCACACUGAGGACACAAAACAAGAGGCGAGAAUGGCUAAUGGCAGAGAAUGGUUGCCAGGUGAAAAUCCCAGAGGCUGUACCUACACUUAUUGUGAAGGGGCUCAUGUCAGUUUAACUGAGCUGAUAGAGUGCAAACCUAAACACCGCUACCUGAGUAAGAAAAACAUUCCCUGUUAUCCUGAAUAUCACUUCCAAGAGCCCAACGUUUGCCAUGUAACUGAUAAAUCUGGCCUUAAUGGAGUCUUCAGAGACAGAGGAUUCAGAGGUGGUACUAAUAGAUUCCUGUGGUGGGGCCUUUCAAUAUCUGAUGAGUCAAAACAGAAGGAAUUUGCUACUUCUCCCGCAUUCCAGACUGAAUCCCUUUAUGGCAACUUCCGCUUCACUUUUCCUCUAACAGAGCUCCUGAGUGCAUACAGCAAGCAGUACUGCAAUGGAACUUCUCCGAUUCUACGUGUGUUAGAAACCAGGCUCUACAAGAAAGAGAUUAACUAUUCAGUGUUGGUGCAUCCACGGUACAUGUGGCACUACCGGAAAUAUCCUCGCUUACCUGUUGAUGCAGAGGAUUUGUGUUCGUACAGAGAAAAGAAAAUGACCUGGCGCUGUCAGGCUCCUUCAGAUAGCUAUGAAUACAGCCAGUAUGUGGACGAGAAUGGUGAAAUAUGUGUCGUGAAACUGAGAAGGAAGGAAUAUUAUGUAUGGGAUAAUGUAGCUGUGGCCUUCCACAUGAAGAAGGAUUGGGUUCUGAAAAUAAGUCGCAAAAAGCUUUUUGAUCACUUGAGUGUAUGUGAGAUAGCUUCUUAUAACCCGUUAAAUAAGCCGGAAAUGUCUGUCCAGGAGGCUGAGGCAGAAGUACUGAAUUUGAAAAGAGCAUUUAAUCUUUGAAAAAAGUUUCUGGUCUUUGAUGAGAGGAGGUUGGUCUUGGUCCUGAAGUUAAACAAAAGUAAUUCGAACAGAACAGACAGACCACUUACUGUACAGUAAUUAAAAUCAUAAUGAAACUAAUAUGCCACAGCAUUUUUACUGUUCUCAGUUUUCUUGGUAAGAAGAUAAUUAUUAAUUUUCUAUAUCUGUAUCUCUGACAGCACAGGCUGCAAUUUAAUUCGAGUUUAUAUUAACACAUUUUUGAAAUACAUUUGUUGAAUUGUUGUUUUGGUGAAGCUUUCUGUUGUUCAUUUGUUCAUUUGACUGUUCAAGAAGUUCAUUUGACAAUUACGGAAGGUGUCAGAACUGUUAUUCUAACGUUGAGUAAGAUUUCGAGACUAGCUGAUCUCUGAAUAAUGACUCCUAGUUGAUUGUGAAACUUCAAGAGCCUUGCGGUUUCCGUUCUGCCUUUUUUUCCAUUAUACUGAAUAUACAAAACUUUAAUAAGUGCUUCUGUACAAGUUCAAGUAUACAUAUACAUAUAUAUCAGCUAACAUUUAGAUUGUUACUUUGUUCAGUGUUUAUAUAUCAUUGUAUUUUUCAUCUUUAAAAGUACAUUUGUUCUGUUAUUGUAUUUUUCUUGUUGUUUUUUACACUUUGACACAAAAAUGCAUUAAACGUAAUGUUAAUAGAUGUUCUUUGUCACAUUUUAUGACUGCAAGGAUGGAUAGAGUUUAUACAGAUGACCAGGUGAAAGAAACUAUGGCCCUGUGCCUUAAAUGACAGGACAGAGCAAGAGGUGCAGCAUGUGAUGGACCACUCCUCAUCAUGUGCCAACUUCAUUAGCACCACAAAGAGAAAAGUCAUGUUUCUGCCUGUUCCUGGCAAGCCACUGUCUUCAGACUGAUCCGAAAUGUCACUGGUCGCAGGAACCUGGCCAGAAAAACUCUGGUUGACAAAAGAUUCCUCAUCUAAUUUACUUAUUUCAUCUUUUUCAUUUUGCAUCAAUGCCACUUUCAUUGUAGUUCUUACUUUGCCAAUUUAAAGCAAGUUGUGUUUUGAUGCCUUUACAUUUUUAAUGGAUUUGUGUGGUAGGGACUAGAUUUCUUUUUAUUUGUAUAGUUUGUUAUUUCUUGUGUAGAGUACAUAAAAUCCAUUAGUUUUCUACAUCAUUUAAGACUGUAUUGAUUGUGUGUACAGUGUAUGUCUUAGAAUGAAGAUUUUGAAGAUUCA